CCGAAUUACCGUUGCACUCGUACUAGAAGUGCUACCACGUGAAACGCCAUUGCCCCGUAUUUUUGUUAUUGUUGAUUCCCAAGCAUAAUCAUGCUGACCCCUAGAUUUGACUUAAAACAAGAUGACGAAGGGAUAACAAUAAACAUUUACGCGCGAUACGCGAAUAUUCGUGAAACCGAGGUGUACGUUGACGGAAAUGACUUUCGUUUCUAUUCAACUCCCUAUUACCUGCGAUUGAAACUGCCAGGGGAAAUCGUGGAGAACGACGACUCCAAGGGCUCAUACGACUGCGACAGUGGAACUUUCACUCUGAAAUUCUCAAAAGUUAAUAAAGGAGAGAAUUUCGAGGGUUUGGACAUGAUCACGACUCUGCUGGCCCCUCCGAAGAAAAAGGACAUUGUUCCGAAUAUCGAAGUAAUCGGAAAUCCAGCUGCUCCCCACGAUGAUGAGCUUGAUCCCCUGGUGAAUGAUCCAGAACAGGAAAAUGACAACGACGGGGAUGACUGGUUCGUUCCCCAGGUGCCAGUGGCUCCUGGGGUGUCUCAUAUUCUGUCUGGAGCUCCAAAAUAUGGAUUUGCGAAUAAAAUCUCUGGAGCUCUCACCUCCUUCGAGGCUGGUUGGUUGAGGGACGUGAUUGAUCUUCCGCUCCCUGAUUCAACCCCGUCAGACCAACGAAAGUCCUUGAGAGAAUCCUCAGAGCAGGACCACUUCUCAGAGGACCACUACAUGGCGGACCUGGUGCAAGCAGAGGAAACAGUGAAUCCCAGCAUUCUGUUCUCUCCAUUCUGGUACUCCACUGACCCCAUCCUACUGACAGAUCAGGAGAAAGAUAUUCUAAAGGAGUGUCCCAAUAAGGAGUACCUUCUGGACAAUGAGGAGAAGCAGACAGUGCUCUACAGUCUGGUGGACAUUCUAUUUGCUUCUUGUUACAGCCACCGAGUCUCUCUGGGGGAGACAUCCUCUGAGAGCAGUUGGGACAUCAAUAAAAUUUCAGGAACUCUCUCCUGGUUGCAAACGUAUUCCACCCUGGAGGACGUCCUGAGAACCUCAAUCAGGCGAUCCCUGACGUAUCCCCUCUAUCGUCACUGGGAGCUCUCGAUGAAGGUCCUGGAGGACGUCAAGCAGAUCCUCAAGAUUGGAAAAAAGAUGAUCCUGAAGAGACUGUGCGAGAUUCACGAUCUCUUCAACCACUCCUUCGAGCCAAGAUAUCUUCAUAAUCAACUAUACAUCAGGGAUUAUCUCGUUUGGAUCCAGCAGGUACCCGACUCCCUCCUCCUAUCGCUGUUCAAUGCUCUCGAUGGACUCAUCCCCAGAAAAGAGGACAUGGGGUUCGAUCUCGUGGAGCUGGAGGCAGCAGCCUGGGCAGUCCUCCAGGAGGAGAACCAGGGGGAAUUACAGGGUAAUUCUGAGGAAGAGAAUCUCAUAAUUGGCAAUUCCAUUCACGAUGUUGUUAAUCAGUUGGACAAAAUGGGGAUGGGAGGGAGUGAUGACUCUGAAGAUUCUGAUGAUGAUUCCAGCUCCAGUAGCUCAUUCUCUUCCAGCAGCUGCAGCUGCUCCAGCGACAGCUCCAGUGAAUCCAGUGAUGAAUCCAGUGGGAGGACCAAGGGCCCUUUGAUACUGGAGAUAGGGGAGACGUUGCACAGCGAUGACUCGAGGGAUGGAGAUCAUUAACUAAUUCCCGUUUCACUUCGGAAAUAUUGAAAAAGCUUUCUGUUAAAACUACCACAUGAAAUUUGAUAUAGAACAUGUAUUUAUUUUUAUUUGUAGAUUACUGUACUACAUACUGCAGAAUAUGAAUUUAUAUGAAAAAUCUUAGACGUUUAA